ACAACUUUUUCCAAAGAGCCUUCAGAGUCCUUCAAAUUUCCGGAGUGUGUUCCGUCGAUUCGUAAGGUUUCGCGUUCAGUUAACCGGUUCCGAGCGAGAGCAAUGUCCGCCCCGGCCGUGGUCGCGCACACCAAGCGUGUCUGCACGCUGUACAAGAAAGCGCUGCGCAACCUGGAGGCGUGGUACGACCGGAGAUACAUCUACCGCUACCAUGCCACGAUUCUGCGGGCCCGCUUCGAUCAGCACAAGGCGGAGCGCGACCCGGCCGUGAUUGCGCAGCUGGUGGCCGACGGAGAGCGCGAGGUGUUUGAGAAGCAGCACUUCCAGCCGAAGAAAUUCCCCAUGUCGCCCGGUGGUGUCGCGUUCGAGCGUGAAGUCAUCCCCCCGGACUGGGUGCUGGACUACUGGCACCCGCUGGAGAAGGCCCAAUACCCGGAGUACUUUGCCCGGCGCGAGAAGCGCAAGGAGGAGUACGUGACCUGGUGGGAGAAGCAGUACGGAAAGGCGACCGCCACCGAUUCGCACCAUCAUUGAGAACAGGGCAAAGGCAAAGAUGGAAAGAAAGUGUUAAAAAAUAUUACAGAAAGCGAUAACAAAUACUGCGUCAAAACAACCUUCCUUCUGCUUUUUGAUUAGAUGGAUGUAAUUACAAAGGUGAGCUGUUGUCUUCGAUGGUCGACAUUUGAAUAGAAAAAAAUAAAGGUUGGUCUUAGAAUGGAAAA